AUGUUUCGCAAAAGGAGCGGGCAGAAGCCAGAUGAACUCUUGAUCAGUGACUUCCAAAACAAAUUCGGUCAUGUUACCACCGCUUCGUGUAUCCCUGAGACGGGGAUUCAGCCCGACCAGACCGCUGCUUCCAGUGCCAGCGGGCAGGCCCUGCCGACUUUCGAUUCCAGCCCAGCGUUAUUCAUACCGAACCCUGCCUUCGCGUCCUCCCCGUUGAGUCGGCAGAACUGUUCUUGCACCCUGUUCAAGAGUCGUAUGUGUGCGGUACUCCAUAGCCCUGCGGGAGAUUUGCAUACUCCGAUGCGUGAGUGUGAUUCUGUCCCCGCGACACUAUCGCCUUGGGGGCGGAUGCUUGGUGGGCAGCAUGCCGACCCCCAUGCACACGGUGCAGGUGCAUACCAGAACGAAUAUUUUCACCGCCCCGUGUUUUCUUGGCGAAAUUCCAAUCCAUUCUUUCAACAACCCUCUUUUUCACCCAGAUCAUUCAUGCUACAGGACCCCAAUGCCGGUCUCGGCCCUCUGGAGCCCGUCCCGAAGACGAGCGUUGCACAUUCCGACACCUCGGCACCGUAUUACUCUCCACUCCACUUCUUAUCCCGCGAGGUAGAUUCUAAUGAUCACCUUCUUAGUUAUACCCAGUCGUCAUCGUUUCGAUACCAGGUAGUUCUGCAUGCACCGACGGCCACCUAUAACAAGGAAUGCGAAAUCCCCGUCACCUAUCUGAAUCGGCGCCAAGCAUAUAAGGUCUCAGUUGUCGACACGGCCCCCCCUCUGACUUCGUCUUCUGUCCGGUAUAGAACGCAUGUCCGAAUUUCGUUCGACGAUGAUAAACAACGUGCUGACCCCGCAGCGGCCUGGAAGAUUUGGAUGGAGGGGCGCGGGCUAGCUGAGGCUCGUGAGGCUAACUCCAAGCUCGCGGCCGUAGAGUUUGUUGAUGUGAAGCCCAACACCAUGGGCUUUGCUGAGAAUCGCAUGGAGCUCGAGAGCUCUUCACUGGACGGAUUCUGCGUUGCCUGGACCAGUCAUCCGCAAUCGGCCGGAUUUGGCUGCGAACUACACGUUCUCUUCAACUUUCUAUCUACCGACUUCAGCCUGUCCAAAGGAGUCAGAGGCUCACCUCUCCGGCUAUGUGCGAAGACAGAAGUGGUCUCGACAGACUUGUUGCUUCAUCAUCCGCCCCAUAUCUCUGCGCCGGAGAUGUCUUGUUGUAAGGUUAAGUUGUUCCGAGACCACGGAUCGGAACGGAAGAUAGCGAAUGACAUCGCACAGCUUAAGAAGGCAAUCCAGCGCGUCGAAGAGUCUAUCGCUCACUCUGGGACCGACGGUAACCGUGGCUCCAGUAAAAGAAGACGCGGGAAACUCCCCCUGGUCGCUCGAGGCUCCGAGGCUAGCGUACAGCAGCUCGCCCCGACCGACCUGCACAAUACGCAAGACCCCCCUGGCACUGACACUCUUGCCACCGAUGAGGACCCUCAGAAGGUAUUGUUCGUUCUCAAGAUGAUGCUUUCAUCUUCCCAGCCAUAUAGCCUGCUCUCGCUGCCAUGUGACGAACGUGACGAUCCUGAUCGGUUCCCUGUUCUGUUGUCGAAUCCCCUACUCGGCCCUCUGCAGGAAGUGCGUUCUCUUACCGGCACAGGGCUAUCCUCGAAGCUAAGCACCGAUGGUCAGUGGGGAGUAUUACAGCAGCAUGCGGAAAAUGACCCCAACGCUUCCGGCGUCGCACCUACUCAUCUCGUGACACCUCAACAGGCCAGCUCCAUGAACCCGAAUGUCGACAGCUCCCCCAACCGACCACUAACAACACUCGACAUACCGAUGCGUAGCCGUGUAGGCAACCAUCAACGUGCCGUUGCCUGCUUUUAUGUUAUUCGACGUACCGACGGUCAAAUCGAGGCUUACCACCAUGCCGUGUACCUACUCCAACGAACUCUAGCGGAUUUCAUUAAGCGACUUUCUCGAAUUCAGAAGAUCCCGCCAGAAAAUAUCAUCCGGGUAGUUCGCGUCAACUCGGCGGGCUUGCGCAUCCUGGUCGAUGAUAAUGUGGUCCGAGAAACGCCUGAAGGCCAGGACAUGAUCGGGGAGUUUGUGCAGAUAGAGGAUUCUGCGACCCCCUUGUCCAGCUGGCAGGUCAACCUGUUCUAUUAA